AAUAAUAUAAUGAAGUUCUUAGAAUUAACACAUAUAUUUUCAUUUAUUUUAAUGGUAAAUAUUGUAUCAAUGGAAUUUUCAGCUGAUGAUUGUAAAAGUUUAGGCUUUAACAAAGCUAAUUUACUUUGUUCAACUUGUGAGGAAUUUAAUAAACAUAAUUUAACAGAAAUACUGAAUAAUUGCAAAGAAUGUUGUUUAAAAGAUGAUGAUUAUGAUGCGUCUGGGUUAAAACGGUAUCCACGUGCUGUUCUCGAAGUAUGUACAUGCAAAUUUGGUGCAUAUCCUCAAAUUCAAGCUUUCAUAAAGAGUAAUAGACCUAAUAAAUAUAAAAACUUACAAAUAAAAUAUGUUAGAGGUUUAGAUCCAAUAAUUAAAUUAUUUGAUGCAGACAAUAAAGUUGAAGAUAUUCUGGAUAUACAUAAAUGGGAUACUGAUUCCGUCGAUGAGUUCUUAGCAACUCAUCUUUCUAUGGAUUAACAUCAAUGUAUUUAAUGAUAUAAUAUAUUAAAUAUUAUUUUAUUAUAAAUUUUAAAUAAAAUGUAAUAAUCAUA